UAGAGGACAUUAGGGUUCCGGAGGUCCGAGAUCGUGUCGCCCACUAAUCCACACGGGCACUCCGACCCAUUUUUUUUUUUCCCUUUUAUGAGCUUCGGAGGAAAAGGAACAGAAGGUUCCUUCGGCCUUAAAAACCACAGUAGUUGUUGGCAGUUUUCUUCUUCUUUUCUCUUCUUCUUCUUGUUCAUCCACCCACACCCUUCGCAUCCCUCCACACUCAUCAACAAUGGCCUCCACCCUCACCACAUCCAACGGAAACCCCGUUGAGGACAACCAGAACUCCAUCACUGCUGGUCAGUUUGGUCCCAUUCUUCUCCAGGAUUUCGCUCUCAUCGACAAGCUGUCCCACUUUGACCGCGAGCGUAUCCCCGAGCGUGUUGUCCACGCCAAGGGUGCUGGAGCCCACGGUUACUUCGAGGUCACCCACGACAUCACCAAGUACACCAAGGCCAAGUUCUUGAACCGCGUCGGCAAGCGCACCCCUCUUUUCACCCGUUUCUCGACUGUCGGAGGCGAGAAGGGCUCUGCCGAUACUGCCCGCGACCCCCGUGGUUUCGCCGUCAAGUUCUAUACCGAGGAGGGUAACUGGGACAUGGUCGGAAACAACACCCCUGUCUUCUUCAUCCGUGACCCCAUCAAGUUCCCUGACUUCAUCCACACCCAGAAGCGCAACCCCCAGACCAACUGCGGUGAUCCCGAUGCCUUCUGGGACUUCAUCUCCCUCGUCCCCGAGACCCUUCACCAGGUCACCAUCCUCUUCUCCAACCGCGGAACUCCCGAUGGCUACCGCCACAUGCACGGCUUCUCUUCCCACACCUUGAAGCUCGUCAACGAGGCUGGUGAGACUCACUUCGUCAAGUGGCACUUCAAGUGCGACCAGGGCAUCAAGAACUUCAAGGCUGCCGAGGCUGGCAUCCUCGCCUCGACCGCACCUGACUAUGCCACCGCUGAUCUCUUCAACGCCAUUGCCAAGGGCGACUUCCCCUCGUGGUCGGUCCACAUCCAGGUCAUGACCCCCAAGGAGGCCACGACCUACCGCUGGAACCCCUUCGAUGUCACCAAAGUUUGGUCUCAGAAGGAUUACCCCCUGAUCCCAGUCGGAAAGAUGGUUCUCAACCGCAACCCCGACAACUACUUUGCCGAGGUCGAGCAGGCUGCCUUCUCGCCCUCGCACAUGGUCCCCGGUAUCGAGGCCUCGACCGAUCGUAUGUUGCAGGGUCGUCUCUUCUCGUACCCCGAUACCCACCGCCACCGUCUGGGCACCAACUAUCAGCAGAUCCCCAUCAACGUCCCCUACAACGCCCGCAUUGCUAACCAGCAGCGCGAUGGUUUCAUGGCCGUCAGCGGCAACGGUGGGGCUGCUCCCAACUAUGAGCCCAACUCGUUCGGAGGCGCCAAGCAGACCUCCGUCAGCAGCACUUAUUCGAGCUUUGAAAUCAAUGCCCUCGCUGCUCGUCACAUCAUCCAGCUGUCUGAUGAGGACUUUGUCCAGCCCGGUGAUUUGUACCGCUUGUUGAGCGCCGAGGAGAAGUCAGACUUGAUUGAUAACAUGGCCGGUAACUUGAAGAACGCCAAGGCCUUCCUUCAGGAGCGCCAGGUCGGACACGUCAAGCGUGCUGACAAGGAAUGGGGUGCCCGUCUCGAGGCCAAGCUUAAGGCUCUCCAGUCCAAGGCCUAAGUCUCUGUCGUGCUAUCUUUUUACAUAUAUCUUGUCUAUAUUGUUCUUUCUCCUUAGUCCCCUCGCCCGUUUCUCGUAAAUAAAACCAAAAAAUAAAAUAAAUAAGAAACACAGAUAUCUGUGU